AUGGUCUCAGCAGUCGACGUUGACGGCGACGGGGAGUAUUCCCCCGUGCGCGAAGCAGGCCGUAUCCUGAACUUCCUCUGCAAGCAGUCGCAGGCACUGAACCUGCCGUCCGAAGCGGUGGCCAACAAAGACGCGGUUUCGUUCUACUCGACCACCGACCAGAUCUACUUCCCCAUCCCGUUCAAGGAGACGGAAACGCUCGCCGCGCUGAAAGGCGUCGAGGCGCUGGUGGCUGCUGCCAUUGCAGAUCUCCGCUAUGGCCCGAGCACGCACAAGCGAAGCAUCCGGGUCAGCCUGGAGAGGGCGACCUGCUUUGGAUGCCAGGCGUACCUGGCCAAGGUGGAUGGGCUGGGGAAGUUGGACCCGGGGGUACGCGCCAAGCUGAAAGAUACGGAUCUCCUCCAGGCGCAGUCCAACGGCUACCGGCGAAUGUCGGCCAACCUCUACCGGACCAAAAACGAAGGCGAAUUCUUCCACAUCCACGGCUCGUUGGAAGCCACCACGACUCUCAACAUGAUCGGACUGGAAGCGUACCGGCCCGACCUGACGGACUACCGGGAAAUCAUCCGGGUGAUUGAAAGCCAGGUGCAGAAGUUCACAGCCGCAGAGCUGGAGAAGAUGAAUGCCGAAAGAAGGCAGGCGGGUGUGACGGCGUAUAAAUACGAGGACUUUAUCAAGACUCCACAUGGCAAAAUCAACGUGCAGGAACCGCCGUGGAAAGUCACCCGUCUAAAGGGAGAUCUACCGCCCACGCCCUUCCCGGCUGCACGCAGCGGCGGGCGUCGGAUCCUGGAGGGAAUCAAGGUGCUCGAGCUGUGUCGCAUCAUCGCCGGGCCGACCAUCACCCGCGUGCUGGCUGAGUAUGGCGCCGACGUGCUCAAGAUCACGAGCCCGAACCUCAGCGACGUGCCUUUCUUUCAAGUUGAUGGAAACAUGGGCAAGCAUGCGGCGGAUCUGGACCUGAAGACACCGGACGGCCGGCGGCAGUUUGAAGAGCUCCUUGCGGAUGUGGAUGUGUUUGUGGACGGUUAUCGGCCUGGCGCGCUCGCCAGACUGGGCUACGGGCCCGAGAAGCUGGCGGAGCUGGCAGAGAAGCGGGGGAAGGGCAUAGUGUAUGUCAACGAGAAUUGCUUUGGAUACGAGGGUGAAUGGGCCGGACGUCCAGGGUGGCAGCAGAUUGCGGAUUGUGUCACCGGAGUGGCCUGGGCGCAGGGGCAAUUCAUGAACCUCUCGACGCCGGUGGUACCCCCAUUCCCGAUAUCCGACUACGGGACGGGAUGCAUGGGGGCGAUCGCCGCGCUGACGGGGUUGUACCAUCGCGCAAAGACGGGGGGAUCGUACCACGGCAAGGCGUCGCUGAUGCAUUACGACCUGCUGCUGUUCGCCGUGGGCAUGUAUCCGCGGGAGAUCCAGGAGAAGCUGCGAGCGGCGCAGCCGGCGGAGUUUUUUGAGCUGCGGCACCACGACAGCGUGGACCGGAUCUCGGCGACGACGCUGAACAUCAUGAGGGAGCGGUUUCCGGAGGUGUUUGCGCCAGCGGGGCCGAACCCGUACACGGAGAAGUGGGUUUCGCGGGCGUACAAUGCGGAGAUAGAGGUGGUUCGACCGGUGGCGGAGAUUGAGGGCGUGGACAACGUCUUUGUGCGAGCGAGUCGGCCGAACGGGAGCGAUCGACCCAGCUGGGAGGAUUUCUUGGAGGAGGAGGAGGAUCGCAGGUUAAGAAAGAACCUACAGUACAGUACUACAUGA